AUGGACAGGGUUCGCUUUGGCGCUGGACUUACGCUGUUUUUGCAUUGGCUUUCGUCCGUUCGUGUCAUGAUCUUCAAGUCCGAUGCUGCGGAGGUGCAGCAUGUCGAUUUUUCAGAUUCGCCUCAUGCGGGCAAAGCGAUCAAUGCCCGGUUGAUCUUCACUUGCGUUGUCUUUGGCGCGGCGUCCUUUCUCUUUGGCUUUGAUGAUAAGAUCAUCUCUCCUGUUGCUGCAUUGCCGGCGUUUGUUGAGAAGUUCCAAGGGCCCAAUCCAUCAGGCAAGUCUGUUCUGACGGCGCGGAACCAGAAUCUCGUCUUCUCUCUGCCCUUGGUCGGCUCGGUGCUUGGGGGCCUGCUGGCGUCGCCGAUGAACUUCCACUGGGGUCGCAAAUGGCCGCUGAUCGCAGCUUAUAUUGUGUCCGUGGGAGGUGGCUUGCUGCAGGUCUUUGCCCCUAACCUGGGGGCUUUCAUUGGGGGACGCGCGAUCAAUGCUGUUGCGCUGGGAAUCGUCAAUGCGACUGCCCCUUUGUACAUUGCCGAGGUGGUUCCUGCCUCUAUUCGGGGGCGAUCCGUCAGCUCAACAAACAUCUUGAACCUCACUGCCGGGGUGGUGGGCACGGUCGUAGUCUUCCGAUCUGAAAAGAUCCCAGGGAUUCUAUCCUAUCAGAUCCCACUCGCGGUGCAGUGCGCUCUCCCCGUGAUUCUCUUCCUCUUGACCAUACCCCUGCCCGAAAGCCCACAAUGGCUGGUGGGAAAGGAAGAGAUGGAGCGAGCCCGCGAUAGUCUCCGGAAGCUGCGCGGGUUCAGCGACGACGAGGUCGACGAUGAGCUUCGCCUGAUGAAACAAAAUGAAGAGACCGAACGCGAACUCCAUGCGCACACCAAGUUCUGGCAUAUCUUCCAGCGACAACAUCUCAAACGCACCAUCACUGCCGGAUCUUUCUUCUCGCUCAAUCAGAUCUCCGGCGUGAUUCUCUCCACCACGUACACCACCGUCUUCCUGACGGAAAUUGGCGUCGCCAACGCCUUCACCUUGACCAUCAUCGCCUCCUGCUGUACAUUGGCAGGGACUAUCGCUGCUCCCUUCUUCAUCGAUCGAGCCGGCCGGCGCCCAACCGCAUUCGUCGGCAUGGGGAUUCUCUUCGCCGUAGAUGUAGCUGCCGGUGGUUUGGCCUUUGACAGAACCAAGCAAGCUACGAUGGCUAUCGCGGCGCUGUCAUUUGUGUUCAACUUCUUCUGGGCAUCUUCUUUCUUCUCGUUAUCCAACCUCAUGCCAUCUGAAAUGGCAACCCCGAAACUCCGCCACCACACCAUGUCCUAUACAGUAGCGUGUGCCCAAACAACGGCCGUGAUCACCACUCUGGUGGUUCCUCAGCUUACUUCUGCGGACGCAGCCAACCUCGGAGCGAAGACAUAUCUCAUCUUUGCCGGCUGCAUGGCUGCCAUCAUCGUGUUCUUCUACUUCCUGAUGCCCGAAACAAGAGGUCGAUCCUUUGCUGAAAUCGAUGAGAUGUACGCCGCCAAGAUCCCUAUGUGGAAAUGGAGAAGUUAUGAAACUUCGUUCCAGAGGUCUCGUGCGUCCAAGGGAUAA